AUGCAGCUUCCUUGGUUCGUCAAGCAUCAAUUAGCAGCAACCAUCUUCAUUAUCGUAGCCUUACCAAAAGUUACCAGCCUUUAUUUCAAUUUCUCUUCCUUCCAACCACAGGAUGAAGCUCAUUUAUUGAUGAACCAGAAUUCAAAAAUAUACUUAAGUGCCAUUCAAGUGACCCCUGACAUUCGUGGUCCUAUCUCAAACUAUUCUGGCAGGGUCUUCUAUAAAGAACAACUGAAGUUAUGGGACAGUCAAAGAGGCAUGAAAGUUUCAUUCAACUCAACUUUUGUUUUCACAGUUAGUCCUCAAACCUCUCCUGGUGGUGAGGGAUUGGCUUUCAUAUUGACAGACGAUACCUCUCUUCAACUUAACAGUGGAGGCCAAUGGCUUGGUAUUGUCAACUCAACAAGCAUAGGGGUAACCGAGAUAGUUGCAGUGGAGUUUGAUACAAGGAAAAGCUACCCUGAAGAUGUUGAUGACAACCAUGUUGGGGUGGAUGUAAAGAGCAUCUAUUCCAUCCAGCAAGAACCUCUAGGACCACAUGGUGUUAAUAUUUCUGGUGGAUACGAUGUUGUUGCUACAAUUCAGUUUGAUGCUAAAGAUGGGAAAAUGACCAUUUUUGUUAGUACGUUGGGAGAUUUGAUGAGACCAGUGUUUAUGGUGGAUCUUGAUCUCUCUAAACUGCUUCCACAAGAUGUUUUUGUGGGAUUUUCAGCUUCAACGGGAGAGUAUACGCAGCUCAACUCAAUAAGAUCGUGGUAUUUUUAUAGCUGGGAGGAGUAUAUUGAGAAGAAUCCCAAAAAUCUAACAUGGUUAUGGAUCUUGAUUCCCAUAGUUGGGGUUGGAGGAGCAUGUGUGCUUGCCAGUGUCUGCUAUUGGAGAAAAAAACACAUAAACGGACAAGGGGUGGAGGAAGAUAUGAAAAUAGAGCUUGAAAUCAAAAGUUCUUCCAAUGCUCCACAUAAAUUUCAGCUGAAGGAGCUUUUAUCAGCCACAAGGAAUUUCCACCCAUCAAACAAGCUUGGGAAGGGAGGAUUCGGGAUGGUUUAUAAGGGAACCUUAAACGACAAAGAUGUUGCUGUGAAGAGGAUUUCAAAGAAUUCACGUCAUGGUAAGCAAGAUUUUAUAGCAGAAAUCACAACCAUAGGGAAUCUCAAUCACAAAAAUCUAGUGAAGUUAAUAGGAUGGUGCUAUGAAAAGGGUGAGAUCCUCCUCGUGUACGAACUCAUGCAAAAUAGGAGCUUAGACAGAUUCAUUUUUUCAACUUCGGGAGGGGAUUCAACUCUGAGCUGGGAAAAGAGGCUUAGUGUUAUAUGUGGGGUUUCUCGGGCACUAGACUAUCUUCACAAUGGAUGUGAUAAAAGAGUGCUACAUCGAGACAUAAAACCAAGCAAUGUGAUGUUGGAUUCAGACUUCAAUGCUCGGCUUGGAGACUUUGGCUUAGCUCGCACCAUUCAUCUUAGUGAAAAAUCUCACCACUCAACAAGAGAAAUUGCUGGAACACCAGGGUACAUGGCGCCAGAAAGCUUACACACCCAAAGGGCUUCAGUUGAAACUGAUGUCUACGCAUUUGGUGUUCUGAUCUUGGAAGUUGUGUGUGGAGGAAGAAAGGCUGAACACAAACAGCACCUGCAAUGUUGUAACAACAUUGCAGACUGGGUUUGGGAGCUUCAUGGCAAAGGAAACAUAACUGAUGCUGUGGAUUUGAGACUGAAUGAUGAUUUUGACAAGGCUCAAGCCAAGUGUGUGCUUGAGUUAGGGUUAGCAUGUUGUCAUCCUAACCCAUAUGAGAGGCCAUCGAUGAGAACUGUGCUGCUAGUGCUGAUAGGGGAAGCAUCUCCACCAUUUGUAGCAAUUGAGAAACCUGCUUUCACUUGGCCUGCCACUGCUCCUGUUCUCAAUGAAGAGUUAAAUUUCCAAGUAACAGUAUCCCAAAAUGAACCAAUAACAGAACUGAAAAGUGGGAGAUGA